UCUACGCUGUAGGCAGUUUGACUGUAGCAGAGAGUGGUUUGUGGUCAGUAGAUCCAAUGCGAACAUUACUUACAGGUGUAGUUCAGAAAAUAGUGAAAACGUCUGAGAAGAUGGGUAGCCAAGAUCAGGAUAUGUGCAAUGGUUAUGAAUUUUGUAAAAAUUACAAAGGCUUACACAUACUACAUGCCCAUCAUCAAAUCAAAGAGCUUCAAACAAUUUUAAGAGAUAGAAAUACCAGCAGAAGUGAUUUCAAAUUUUAUGCAGACCGUCUAAUAAGACUAGUUAUAGAAGAUAGUUUGAACCAGCUACCAUUUACUGAUUGCAAUGUUGUUACUCCUACUGGAGCAACAUACGUUGGAUUAAAGUAUAAAUCAGGUAAUUGUGGAGUUUCAAUUGUUAGAUCUGGUGAAGCUAUGGAGCAAGGAUUGAGAGAUUGCUGUAGAAGUAUAAGGAUAGGAAAAAUUCUAGUCGAAUCAGAUUCAGAUACCCAUGAAGCAAAAGUUGUCUAUGCUAGGUUUCCAGAGGAUAUUUGCCAAAGACAUGUUCUUCUGAUGUACCCCAUAAUGUCUACUGGAAACACAGUUAGUAAAGCAGUUCAUGUUUUAACAGAACAUGGUGUUGAAGAAGAAUGCAUAGUUCUUAGUAAUUUAUUCUGUACUCCUCAAGCUGUGCAAACUGUGCUAGACACAUAUCCUAAGAUGAAAAUAUCAACCUCAGAAGUCCAUCCUGUAGCCCCAAAUCAUUUUGGUCAAAAAUAUUUUGGAACAGACUAAGACUGACUUUAGGCAAAUUUUGUCUAAAACUCCUACUAACCAAAUUAUACUUAAUUUUGUACUUACUGGUAAACAAAAUUAGUGAAAUAUUAUGAAAGCACAAUUCUGUUUGUGAUGCCACAUCAAAUAUAGAGCCAAUAUUUUUUCAUAAAUUUUGUACAGAAUACUAAGUGUUGAUUUUAAGGGAAAGUUAUUUUCUUAUAUUUUGUUUGAUAUUUUAAUAUUGUGAUUCAUUUUAACUGAUGAUAAAAUAAAGUGUCUAUUACUUAGA